UUACUUUUUUCCUCUCUUUCUUUCACUUGCUUCGAAGUGCUUUUCUUCUCUUCUCCUUCCUCACCCUUCCCCAAAAAACCCCAGAGCCGGCUCCUAUCUUCUCCUUCCUAGAGUCGGCUCUUCACUUCUCCUUCCUCACACUUCCCCCAAAAAACCCAGAGCCUGCUCCUCUCUCACACAACCUCCUCUUCAGAUGUGGGAUUUUUCCUCCUCCUUUUUGGGUGCUUUCAGCAUUGUUUUCUGUACUGCUGGAAUUUUGGCUCUUUUGCUGCUUCCGGUUCUUGCCAAGAACACUUACAUAUUCGAAAAUGCCCUCAUGCCAGGUUAUGGGAAUCCCAUGCUCUCCAGCCAAGAUGUAUCGGAGGCAAAUAAAUGGGUGAAGGACAUAAUUGCUCUCAAUUCCAAAUCUCAAGGUGCAGGAAUGUCCGCAAGGGUCAUAUUGCACUUGGGAAUGCUCAAUUUCCUAAUGGAACCAACGGCCACGGAAUUGGCUCUUACCUUAAUGUUCAUGAAGGUAACAAAUUGGUCUCCGUUAUAGUGGAGGUGCCCCGUAUGCUUUUAAUGUUGUCACUAAAGUUUGGCAUUAUACCAAUUGUGGUGCCAAUUGGUGUUCGAGAUUUUGACAUUAAUGGGGAACUUUGAGUCAAAUUAGGAUUGAUACCAAUAGAACCUUUUGUAGGAGUUGUAAUAUUCUCUAGAUUUUAUUCAUAAAACACUUGUAUAUUUUUCUUUUGCUAAUUUAGAUUUAGUUUUUAGUUUUUCUACAUGAUUCUCAUGUCAAGAUGAAGUGUAAGGAUCCAAUUUUAUUAUUAAAUUCUCCAUAUUGUUUGAGAUGUGGAAAAGCAAAAAAUAAGAAGGAUGAGAAUUUAAAUGGAUGGUAA